ACAUCGGUUUGAAACGGUAUAAAAUAUCGAUGUAUCUACCAACUACGCGUAUAUCUGUACGAUAUGACGAAUGUCAGUUGUUACACGACAGCCGUGCGAUGAAAAGCGUCAAGAGGACUGAUGAUUUACCGCGGCGAUUGAUGUCAGUUUCAGCAGAAACAAAUGGAUUGAUUCUCGAAAGUGAUUUGGCGCGUGCUACGAAAUUAUCGAAAUUAUCCAAGGACGCGACUUUAUACGUUGGUAGCGAUCAUUGCAUCUGAAAUUAAUUUGGUUUAUUAAGUGAUUAUAUACUUAGAAGUUAAUAUAGAAGUUUAUUGGACAGUCUUCGCGAAGAUCUAGAAAUUCAUCGUGACAAUGUCUUGCAAAAAGUUCUGCUACUAUCGGAAAACUCGGUUGACCGAAGACUCAGAGUGUUUAACGCCUGCGCUGGAGAUUUUCACGAGAGCUCAUCGUUUAUUAAAAAAUUUUAUGGACUCGUACAAGUUCGUUCGACGAUCGCUUAAUUAGCAAUAAUUUCGCAUAAUGCCAAACAGCUCGCGCGUAUACAGUAAAUAACGCAAGGAAUAACUGUAUUUGAAAAAAUCAGAAUGCACGAGGGGAAAUGUUGCGGCAUGGAUUACGACGCGGUUCCUUUACACGGAGCCCUGGAUAUUGUGGCCGCGGCAAUGACAUCAAUAGUCUGUGGAAACGUAAAAAAGGGAUCUCAAAGAUCUGGAUUGUUUCGUAAUAUGUUGCCUUGCGUUCACCAUCAAGAUAUGGAAGUUCUGCCAGAAGAAAUUGUUCGCAAAGUGGAUACGAUUGUGACGUGUUUAGAAAGGUGCUGCGCCAUCGAGAACGUUACACGUCGAAUAAAAGAUGUCUUACGUAUUUUGGAAAGAUUAGCACCUUGCGCAAUGUCAGAAAAGUUUCAAACGUUAUCGCUCCUCUUAAAAGAAAUAAUGAGAAAGCUGAUUUGUCGUGGUCAGGAUUUAGAAGAACCGUUCGGCAAUACGCAGACCAAGCUGAUACUAAAUCUUGUGAACAACUUUAUUCGUGACUGGAGCGAAAAGAGGUCUGGAUCGCGACCCUGUCUCAGGAUCUGUAGAUUUUGCGAUCGUGUGGUUAAUGAAACCACUCGACAGUGGGGAACAUUUUGCUGCAACGAAGCUAAAACAUUUCACGACAUCCGUAUAGAAUGGAUUCUACGUCAGUCGAUUACGUCGGACGCCGGUAAAGACGAAGCAAUCGAUCGGAGGCCAAAAUCGAAAUCUUCAAGAACAUACGCUUCCGUGGAAAUAUCUAGGGCUGUAGAUGUCACGGAUUAUGAUGACAGUAGCGCGAGAUUCGACGAGCGUACGAGCGUGAAGGAAAAACUAGAAAGUCCCGAUCGAACGAUAAAACAUCGAUCUGCCGGUGAGAUAAGUGAGACACGUCGCGCGGAAGCUGAAGUGUUCUCGAAGAAAACAAAGAUAGAAAGAUACGACGAUUCGAGUAGGGAAUGGGAUAAAUUUGACAGAGUCGAGGGCAGGGAUUUAACAAAGACAGCAGCUGGCACGUUGGAGGGAAAGAUGAGAGGAAAAAUAAAGAGGAACCGCGAUAUCGACAGAACCGGCGAGUAUCCUAUCGCGCCAGAUGGACGGGAGGAACGUGACGAUGUUCCGUAUAAAAGUAAGCUCGACAAGAUCCGUGGAUCGCGUGGUUUACGUGACACGAACGAGGAACGAGCAGCUGCUGGAAAAAUGAAGAAAAUUAAAAGGGACGCCAAGUAUUUGAGCCAGAAGCGAUUGGAAUACACGGAAUUCUCGGAAACGGAAUCCGAAGGAACUAGAGUUCAUCGAUCGAGAGAAGGGGAUAAAGGUGUACCAGUGAUAACGGAGAAAUCACCUAAAGAAAGAAGAAAGAAUAAAUUACAUGGGCAUGCAUUGGUAGAGAACGAAAGAAAGAAAAUGGUUGAGAAGACGACCGACACAGAUAUCGAAGAGAAAACAACCGGCCGACGAAACAGGAAAAAGCCACGAACGGAGGAGGACAUCGAGCUGGACGAAAUGACGGAUACAAGCGAGCGUAAAGAGGCUGAUAGACGAAAGAAGAAGAGGGCAGAUGCGUUUGACAAUGGAAAGAAAAUGGUAUCUUAUACCUUCGACGAAGAAGACAAAGUUUUGAAAUCUGGUGGAACGCAGGAUGGACGCUCGAGCAACGAAAGGAACGAAACUGAGUCUAUCUUAACGAAGAAACGUAGGGACGUUAAGCGUGGUGCAAGCAGCGUCGAAGAUAAAUCAACGCUCGAUUCAGAGAGUCGGAAUAAGAAAGAAACAAGCAAAUCGAGUAACAAGGAAUAUAGACGGUCUGGUUCGGAUAGAACCGAGGAUAAUUCUAGCAAGACGUAUGGAUCUCGUUACCACAAAAAAAGAUCGAUAUUCAGCGAUAUCCAAAUCGACGAUCGAAGCCCGAUCGAGUACCAAUUAUCAAACCAGCACUUCGUGAAGCUCGGUUGGACAAUGCUGCCGGUUGCCAAAACCAUGAGGAAAAUUAUCCAGUAUCGAGCACAGCCUUCGAAACCUGGUCUCGACUGGUUCAGAAAGCACCAACUCAAUGGAAGAAUGUAUUACGGCGACGAAGCUCGUAUUUUUGUCGAUUUUCACACCGAUGGAUCGGCAGAAGCGUUUUACCCGAAUGGAGCGAUGGCCAUUAAACUCCAGAGACCGCAAAAUCGAAAAUACGAUAUGUAUACUGUAUUCAGCCCAGGAGGCAAAGAUUGCAUGGGAGUAAGGAGGGGUUCGCAAAUUGUCGCCGUAUUCGACACCGUAGGCAACGGUGCUGUUUUCAACGAUGACGGUGCGACCAGGCUGUCGUACAACCAGAUUGGAGGAAUUUGGAGGGAUAAUCCGACAGGAGUACCGCUGACGUGGAAGUGGGACAUCUGCGAAAAGAAAUCGAUAACCAAAAUUGUGUACCUGGAGAAAUCAGCGAUGCACAUAGAGAAGCUUUUAAAUGUAGCAGAGAAGAGAAUAUUAAAAAGUUCCGCAAGCGUCAAAGCAUCGACAUCGCCUGCGAGUCCGCGAAAUAAGGAGAAGAAGGUCGAGGAGCUGAAACCUGUUGUUCCAGAGCACGACGACGAGGAAGAAGAGGUCGAGUCCGGGUACGUUGAGGAAAAAAGACAAAUUCGUCCCGACGAUACCUACCACUUCAGACCGAUCCACUUAAACGUGAACGACUAUGUCGGCUUAAAAAUUUUCAAUCGGACAAAUAUUAUACUUCGAUUCCUCGCUGACAAGAAGAGUAUAAGAAUACAGUUGGGCACGAUUUUAAAUUUAAACGAGGAAGUAGAAUCUUAUUACGUGGACACGAGCCUAAAACAUGGUAUGCUAAAAUGCAAAUUCGAGGAACUGUUACCGUCUCGUUUGAAAUUGGACAGCAUCAUGGAUGACAUAGCCGAAAAGAUCCAGCAAGUCAGAAGAUCGGCAAGAUAUCGCGAACUUACGAUGGCCAAGUAUAGACCGUUGUUGCGUGUCUGGAAAAUGUCAGGAACUAGAUGUCGUCCACGAUAAUUUAAAUUUAUUCUUUCUUUGGCAUAACGAAUUUAUUAAGAUUAUCCUUUUUAUUGAAAAUCGAUAAAUCCUCCCCGUAUUUUUAAUAAUUUAACAAUUUACAUAUCUAAUAAGGAGUAAAUUUUGCGACGCAUAUACGAGAUUUCAUAACAGCUAUAAUUACCAAUUAAUAAAUUCACAUAAUUACGCAAUUUUCACCCGAAUUUUAUAUAAACGCAGUUUCAACGCGGUUUAAAUGCAUUUUAUAUCUGAAUUUUACAUGAUAAUUCUUGUACAUUCAUUUCUCCCCUUGCGCGUGCGUUAAUCUCCGAUGGUUGAAAAUUCGUUGAAAAAUACAUAAUUUUAAAGGCGGUCUUCCAUUUUUCUCUUUCUUUUUUAUUAAAAUAUAUCAGAAAUAAUAAUUAUUUGCCAAUUA